AACUCCCGCUUUGGCUCUGUCAUGGUCUGCAAAAGGUUCACUCUCUCCUCUUAGUCUUUGACUCUUUGCCACCUUCUUUCUUGCUUUUUUCCUUCCUUCUCCAUCGGCGACGCUCUUCAAGCUAUCAGAGAUGAAUCUUUUGAAUAAGGCCAUCAAAUUCGUGUACGGCUUUUGUUGGCAUCCGUCCGUCUUGGGCGACACCGACUCUCCCGACUCCGACUUUCUCGGCCCUCACGGCGUCUCCGCCGCGACCGUCGGUGUCUCGACUCUCGCGCAAGACCUGUUCAACUUCGAAAUCACCCGCCAGGUUCCUGAAGGGCUAAGCAACCAUGUGGAUUCUGAAAAGAAAGCUCAAGCUAGUUGUUAUAAAAAGCUACUAGUGGCAUGGAGAGCAUCAAAUCCACCUCCAAAAACACCUGAAGAAGCAUCAAGGCUCGUUCUCCAAACCCUGAAGAAACACCCGAAGGCUGAUGUUGAGGGUUUGUUGAAAUUCUAUGGCCUGCCUCUUGCUCCCACCCCGGUUGAGACCACAGCCGAAGUUCCAGUGGCAUUGCCUCAAGGAGUGGUGUUUGAGCUUCACACACUUCCGGUUGACGCAAGAUCUGUGACAGAUGGGGAUGGCAUCACCGUGUACGUCAGCACUUCCGAUCCGAGAGAAUCAUGCUUGAUCCCCCAAGAAGUCCAGAUUGCAGCCCGUGAAAGAUCAGAAGCCCGUGAUCAGAGGGACUACACUCGUGCAGAUGCACUGCACAAAAGUAUUGUGGACGCAGGAUAUCGGGUAAUAAAUGUUCAGAAUGAGGAAGUCCUUGCUCGGAAGUACCGAAUUCGGCUCAGGGGGAUAGAUGCUCCAGAGGGGCCGAUGCCAUAUGGUAAAGAGGCUAAGGACGAGCUCACAAAGAUUGUUGAAGGAAAGCGUUUGAGAGUUCUCGUGUAUGGGGAAGAUCAAUAUGGCCGGAGCGUGGGAGAUAUAUACUGCAACGGCGACUUUGUACAGGAGUUGAUGCUCAAGAAAGGGAUGGCGUGGCAUUACACAGCCUACGACAAACGUGCAGAGCUUGCAGAGUGCCAGAAGAAUGCACGGGCAGAGCGCUUAGGUCUGUGGGCUUCACCAAACCCUGAGAAGCCAUGGAAAUGGAGGAAGAAAAAUAAACGAGAGGGGAGAAGCCCAGAAAUGGGAAACGCCCUCGGAUUCCUAUACGGCCAUUGCUGUAAGCCGUCCGCCGCCGGAGUAGCGUAUGAGCUUCACACAAUUCCAGUGGAUGCAAGAGGUGUGGUAGAUGGGGACGGGGUCAACGUUUACGUUAGCACUUCCGAUCCGAGAGAAUCGCGCUUGGUCCCUCAAGAAGUCCAGAUCACGGUUACCGAAAGAUCAGAAGCCCGUGCUCGGAGGAACUACGAUCAAGCAGAUGCACUGCGCCAAAGUAUUGCGGAUGCAGGAUAUCGGUUUAUCAAAGUUCAGAAUGAGGAAGUCCUUGCUCGGAAGUACCGAAUUAGGCUCAGGGGGAUAGAUGCUCCAGAGGGUGACAUGCCAUACGGCAAAGAGGCUAAGGAGGAGCUCGCAAAGAUUGUUCAAGGGAAGUGUUUGAGAGUUCUUGUGUAUGAAGAAGAUCAAUAUGGUCGGUGCGUAGGAGAUAUAUACUGCAACGGCAUCUUUGUACAGAAGGUGAUGCUCAAAAAAGGGAUGGCGUGGCACUACACAGCCUACGACCAACGUCCAGAGUUUGCAAAGUGGGAGCGGAAUGCACGGGCAAAGCGCUUAGGUUUGUGGGCUUCAGCAAACCCUGAGAAACCAUGGGAUUGGAGGAAGAAAAAUAGGCGAGAGGGGAGAUGACUUUCACUCGAAUCUGAUCCAGCCUUUUGCCAUUCUGGGGAAAUGCGGCUGGCUCACAGCUUUCCUACUGAUAUAGAGAAGGAAAUGCUUUAUCAUCUGUCGUAUGUAUUCUAAUCUAGUUCCAAAGCUAGAACGGCCUUAGCCAAAUCGAUCGCGUAAGAUCACUGAAGGAUCUAAUGCAUGAAGCUCUGUUUGUUCGUGAACAUUGAUAAUGCCGAAAAUGAAUGCUUGGAAAAUCA